AUGGGAUCCGAAUGCCCACCGAAGCAAACUCGGCACAUCAGCCUACUUCCCGGCAUCACGACUGGCACUUUUUCCACCAGACACGUCAAGAAGCCGUCUCUUCCCGUCGCACAACAGCAAAUGCCUCUUGAAGGCCUCCAACCCCACCUGACUCGGCCGUCCGCCUCGGCGUUGACGAGAGCCGCGAUCAGCCAACCGUCGACCGGCCAGCCGCACGACCCUUCGGGCUCGCUGCGACGCGGCUCGUUGAUGGAACCGAUCAAGCGAUUCGCCAAACGGCUCAGCAUGCGACAGCCGUCGCCCAGCUCGGAUCACAUGUUGCCGAAAAAGAGGCCGGCUCUCCAGCCGCCUCAAGAGGCCCGGGUUCGAGUCCCGCCGGCUGCCGACGAAGCGCACAGCCGAUUCUCUUUCGGCAUGUGGCAACGAGGCCGGUUCUCGCUGCAGCCGUCGGCCGGUUGCCAGGCGACCGGACAACUGCCGCCGUCGCGACACGUCUCCACCUCGCACGAGCCGGCCGCUCAGACGCAAGCCUCGUUCGUCACGCGAUUGUCCAUUCGAGGCCAGACAGUCGCCGACAAGAGCAAAGUGGACGAUGAGGCGUUGGGUCGCGGUGGCCGACCCUUUUAUCGGGUUCAGCGCAAACGAACCACUCAGUUGCCAGUCUUUCCGCCUCGAGCGCCGCUCACUCCCGCCCAACGACAGAUCGAUUUA